CGGGAGGCGGGCAGGGCGAGGCGGCAGCGGCCGGAGGAGGCGGAGGAGGAGGCGGCGUCCGGGCCAUCGUCUGCCGCUGCCCUUCUGGCGAUGGUGGUGAGGCUCGCCUUGUCCCCCGGGGCCAGGAGACGGAUAGGCAGGCAGACCCCCGCCCUGUCUGCCUUCCUCUCCAUCCAUCCUUCCUUCCUUCCUUCUCUCAGAGGCUGCAGGAGAGAGAGAGAGAGAGAGAGAGAGAGAGAGGCGAGAGGGAGCAGGUGGAGAGACUGCAGUGAAGGCUGCCCUGGAGACAUGGCGGACCGCCGGCUCUGAAUAAGCAAAAAUCGGGAGAAGAGAGUGGGGCAGAGAAAGAGAGAGGAAGCGCACCAUGCCCCCGGAUUGAAGGAGAAAAGCCCAAGGACAAAUGGUGCAGAGCCGCCUUGAGGGGCUUCCAACUCCAUCCCUCCUCCUCCUCCACCAUCACCAUCCUCAUCUUCUGCUUCAUGGCGCAUCCCUCCUCUCUCCUCCGGCCUUAAGCUGAGGUCGCUGGCUCACCGGAGCUCGGGAGCAUCCCAGGCAAAGCCGCCCCUCCAUCCCGUCCUUCCAUCUCCCUCUCCUUUCUCCUUCUCCCUCUCCCUCCACUCCCUCUUCCCCAAGGCCAUGGCUGCAGAGGAGGUCUCCGAGACGGUGGACCAUUACAAGACGGAAAUCGAGAGGCUGACCAAAGAGCUCACCGAAACCACCCACGAGAAGAUCCAGGCGGCCGAGUACGGGCUGGUGGUCCUGGAGGAGAAGCUCACCCUCAAGCAGCAAUACGACGAGCUGGAGGCCGAGUAUGAUGUCCUGAAGCAGGAGCUGGAGCAGCUCAGGGAGGCAUUUGGACAGUCAUUCUCUGUCCACCGCAAAGUAGCUGAAGAUGGCGAGACCCGUGAGGAGACUCUCCUUCAGGAGUCGGCCUCAAAAGAAGCCUACUACCUUGGGAAAAUCCUGGAAAUGCAGAGCGAGCUGAAACAAAGCAGAGCUGUUGUGACCAACGUUCAGGCGGAGAACGAACGAUUGUCAGCCAUUGUCCACGACUUGAAAGAGAGCAAUGAAAUGGCAGAGCUGCAACGAGUUCGAAUGAAAGAUGAAAUAAGAGAAUAUAAAUUUAGAGAGGCCAGACUCCUUCAGGACUAUACAGAACUGGAAGAAGAAAACAUUACUCUGCAAAAAUUGGUUUCCACAUUGAAACAGAACCAGGUUGAAUAUGAAGGUCUGAAACAUGAGAUAAAACGAUUUGAGGAAGAGACUGUAUUGCUUAAUAGCCAGCUGGAAGAUGCCAUCCGGUUAAAAGAGAUUGCUGAACAUCAGCUUGAGGAAGCCCUGGAGACACUGAAAAAUGAGAGAGAGCAAAAGAACAAUCUGAGGAAGGAACUCUCCCAGUAUAUCAAUCUCAAUGAUAGUAUGUAUAAUAACCAUAUUAAUAUCUCAGUAGAUGGAUUAAAGUUUGGAGAGGAAGGGAAUGAACCCAAUAACGAUGAGAAAAUGAAUGGACAUAUUCAUGGACCACACAUGAAAAUGAAUGGUGACUAUCGGACUCCCACAGUUAGGAAAGGAGAAUCUCUGCACCCGGUCUCUGAUCUCUUCAGUGAGCUUAACAUCUCCGAAAUGCAAAAACUGAAGCAACAACUCAUGCAGGUGGAACGUGAGAAAGCUCUUCUGUUAGCCAACCUUCAGGAGUCUCAGACCCAGCUGGAGCACACAAAGGGAGCACUUACUGAGCAACAUGAACGGGUUCACAGGCUCACUGAGCAUGUCAAUGCCAUGAGAGGCCUGCAGAGCAACAAAGAGUUCAAAGAUGUAGAUUUUGAGAAAGGACGAGAUUCUGGGGAAGAAACCCAUGACUAUGAAGUGGACAUCAAUGGCUUAGAAAUUCUAGAGUGUAAAUACAAAGUAGCUGUUACAGAAGUAAUUGACCUCAAAGCUGAAAUAAAAGCCUUAAAAGAGAAAUACAAUAAAUGUGUUGAAAAUUAUACUGAAGAAAAGGCAAAGUAUGAGAGCAGGAUCCAGAUAUAUGACGAACAGGUGACAAACCUGGAAAGGUCAACUAAGGAAAGUCAUGAGAAAAUGAUGCAGAUGGAAAAAGAGUUGCAAAGGAUUACAGGGGUUGCGAACGAGAACCAUAAUACCCUCAAUACAGCCCAGGACGAGCUGGUGACUUUCAGUGAGGAGCUUGCACAGCUCUACCAUCAUGUAUGUUUGUGUAACAAUGAAACACCUAAUAGGGUUAUGCUGGAUUAUUACAGACAAAGUAGAGUUACUAGAAGUGGAAGCCUGAAGGGCCCUGAUGAUCCCAGAGGACUUCUGUCUCCUCGUCUUGUCAGGAGAGGAAUGGCAUCCCCAGCAGAAGCCAGGACACCGAUUGACCAGGUCUUGAAAGAGGGCACAGAAGCGAACAAAGAGCAAAGUUCAACAAAGACGCCUACCAUUUCCCCUGUCAUCACAGCCCCUCCUUCCUCCCCAGUUUCUGAUACCAGUGACAUUCGCAAAGAGCCAAUGAAUAUUUAUAACCUGAAUGCCAUAAUAAGGGACCAAAUCAAGCACUUGCAGAAGGCUGUAGACCGGUCGCUGCAGCUGUCACGGCAGCGUGCGGCAGCCCGAGAACUAGCGCCUAUGAUUGAUAAGGACAAGGAGGCCUUAAUGGAAGAAAUACUGAAACUGAAGUCCCUUUUGAGUACAAAACGAGAGCAGAUAGCAACGCUCAGGGCAGUGCUGAAAGCAAACAAGCAGACAGCGGAAGUGGCCCUGGCCAAUCUGAAGAAUAAGUAUGAAAAUGAGAAGGCCAUGGUGACAGAAACCAUGACAAAACUGCGCAAUGAGUUGAAGGCUUUGAAAGAAGAUGCAGCAACCUUCUCAUCCUUGAGAGCCAUGUUUGCAACCAGGUGUGAUGAAUAUGUCACACAGCUGGAUGAGAUGCAGAGGCAAUUGGCAGCUGCAGAGGAUGAGAAGAAGACCUUAAACUCUUUGCUGCGGAUGGCUAUCCAGCAAAAACUCGCCCUCACGCAGCGUCUGGAAGACUUAGAGUUUGAUCAUGAGCAGUCUCGGCGGAGCAAAGGCAAACUUGGAAAGAGCAAGAUCGGCAGCCCUAAAGUAAGUGAGGAGGCAUCAGCCACCGUGCCAACCAUAGACACUUUCCUCCUGCAUAGUCAGGGCCCACAGCAACCAAACAUACUGGUCAGCAGUGGCACUCAGAGGAAAAGACUAUUCUCACCUUCCCCUUGUGAUCAGAGCCAUCCCAGGACUUCAGGGACUCACCUACUGCCUUUAUUAAGAACCCCCCCUGAUCACGCCUCCACAGAAUCAUAUCUUCUGAGGGGCCCCCCUUCCAUGAGUGAAUUCUUCCAUGGGCACCGUCUCAGCAAGGAAAAAAGGUUAACCGUGGCCAUCCCAGUUUUGCCACCAGUGGAACGUUACCAAAGGCAGAUCAUCCCUCAUGAGGAGCACUUGAGAGGAAUUUUCAUGGAUUUGGCAUCUAGGCCCAGUACAUGUUACCAAACACAAGAUUGUCAGCAGCCUGCUGCCUCCAUACCGCCACUCGGCUCACAACUAGCCAGGAGGCAAGACUGUCCGACUGUCAGUCCUGAUGUAGCUUUUCCAGAAGAACAGCCACAUUCCAGCUCUCAGUGUACCCCCCUCAGUUGUCUACCUAAACCGCCUCCUUAACCCUAGUCUUCAUAUGCAACCUAAGAGUUGGGGGCCACCCCCCACAAUACAGACUGAGUCGAAGAUCUCACAGCAAAGGUACAGUUUGCGCUGAAGGAACCAGCAGGCAUGACUGCCUUGUUGCUGUAUCGAUGAGUCCGGACACAUAUCUGCAGUCUCACAACUGAGGAUGUGUGGAAGAACAUAAAGCACAGUGCCCAAACUGUUGAGAAGAUCUUCAAGGUUCCUCUGGUUACAUCCAGAUAAACAUGUCUGCAGUUUGGACGUUAAAAUCUGUUCCUCCCAGCUGUUCAGCUUGUGCUGCUAGUGAGUUGAGAACCUAAACUACUAACAAGCAGAACAAAGAAAGUACGAUACAAAACCUUAUUUUGACAGUCCAUUUUCAAGCACCAACUUGUGUUUUCCGUUCUAUGAUUUAAGGGGUGUUACAUCCGUCUUUUUUUGUUGUUGCUUUAACUACAUUUGCACCAUGAGUUUACAUUUUAUUUAAAACUGUCCUUGGUAUGGGUUUUUAUUCUAUUAAUGUUUUAAUGGUGCAGAAAUAUUUUACAUUAGAAAUGAUAUGAUUUCCCCCCCUGCCAGUUAGGGUUUUUAUUUUGCAAUCGAAGAUUGUUCACUUGGUCAAAGAGUGUGGCCUGGUAUUGUUAUUGUUUUCUUAAUUGCACAAAAACGUUGAAACUGAGUUGAAUUGGAAUGUGAACUUUGGGGGCAUUCCAGAGAAAGUUGGAUGUGCCUAAAUCCCAUUGAAAUAAAAUAGGCACAGAGUAGAACAUUUUAUUUAAUUCCAUUGAUUUCAAUAGAAUUCUGGUGUGCCUAACUUUCUCUGUAUUGUGUCCACUGACUUGUACUUUUCUGCUGCACUGGUAUUGUUUACGCACUUGUUUUAUAACUAAUCUGAAGUUAGCUGCUAAUUGUUUUGCUAGUUCAUUGGAAUCUAAUUAAGCCUAAAAUGGGUUUUCCUGAACAAUGCAUUAAUGAUGGAUUAUUUGUGAUUAACUUUCAGUUUUAAGUGGGAUUUUUUUUAGAGAUUCCCUCCUUUUUUCCUUCCCUUUUUUAUUUGUAUGUGUGUGUAUGUCUCAGAUGAGCUGAUGACUUGGUGCUGUUCUUUUUUUCUGUUUGGUAUUUGGAAAAAAUGCAAAUGAACUUGAAAUAUGCUGUGGUUUAUUUUUUACUGAAAUGUUUAGGGUAUUUUUCACUUGCUGCUCCCAAAUUCAGUGUUACUAGGUUAAAGGCCUUAUUCUGGCAAAAGAGGUAAGAAAAGAGAGUUAACCAAGUGUGACAAAAUUUUUAAUAUCCAGAUGCAUAUAGAAGUGAAGGUAAUUAAGUUUAAAAAGACUGAUAUCUGGGAUGGAAGGUUCUUGCUGUAGUGCAUUUUUUCCUUGCCAAAAUUCCCAACAGCUAUAGAGAUCUAGCUCAUUGUCAGUUCAAUGACAAAUACUCAGGUGAAACACAAUACACGGUUUCUGUCCCCAUGCUACAUAGUACUCCUGCUCUAAGAUUCCCUCCUUUAACAGCUUUUUAAAAAAAUGUUUGGUGGAUAUAAAGAACACAAAGGAUGAUAAAUUUAUUUUGCACAAUACUCAGAAGCAAUCGCAUUGCUGGCUAAGCUUUGAGUUAUCACUUUGAGCCUUUUGCUGGGUUCCCCAGAUAUAAUGCUACCCAGGAUUCUUAGCUCCCCAUCAGGUAGCCUUAAUACAUUUUAAAUACGAAAGGCCUGGACACAUUUAAGUUUCCUUAUCUGCUGCACAGGUCCAAAGGAGAGAAAUGGCAAAAUACCUUGAGCUAUGCAUCCAUUUUGAAAGAAAUCAAAAGAAGCUGGGAGAGUUUGGUCUGAACCAUUUGAAUCUGAGGAAGAUUUUUUUUAUAACCCAAAGGCAAAUAGAGAGGGAAUGUUAGCCUAGAAAUCAGAAAGUCUAGUUGGCUAAUCUUUGUGCCUAACAAUCAUUAUCAUGAAAAACCAAGGUGCUAAACACAGGAUAAUCCUAAUCAGCAAUUCAUGUAUUAUAAUUCCAUCAGAGCAGUUGAGCUUUUCCAAGAGACAGAGGUGAAAAGUAAUUCUGCAAUGGAGUCCACAAUCCAUUCGAAAGCAUCCUCUUUGCUUCUCAAGGAUAAAUAUCGUAGAGGCUUAAUGAAAUGGAAAUAUACUGACUUUAAAUGGUGUGUGUCUGGUACAGAUCUUCUGUUAAAAAAGUAACAGCCAUUUGCACGUAUUCAUGUGUUUCCAUGUUGAUUAUCUUGUGAUCCAAUUCCAAUUUUAAUGCUAUAUCUUCUGUCCAUAUUCUUUUGUAAUGGAAGAAGGAGUAUCUACAAAGUCUUAUAUUUUAAGAACAUCUGGGUCUGCCAAUUACAGCUUUAAAUUGGGCUUUUGUGUUUACAAAUUAGUUACUGUGCAGAUGAACUGACAAUGUCUGCUUGUCUGCUGGGUACUUCAGCUAUGAACAUAUUUCAUCCAUCCCAAUGAACUCCUGAUAACAUUGACGUAAAAAGGAUCUGGAAUCCCAUCCAGGAGCAGAGAUGUCAAAUCAAUGUUGGUAAACACUCAAAUGUGCCCCAUGGAGGUUUGGUUUGAUUUGAAUGGUCAAUGAUCUAUCCUACAUUAUGCGGUAUCUAAGACCCUACACACACACACACAUAUAUAUAUAUAAAGCAUGCACAAUCAUGUCUCAUAGUAUUAAAUAGUAUUGACAUGAAUGUGCACACACCAGCGUUUUUUCUGUUUAUGUUAGCACCAUUUAAUAAUAUGGGGCAUGACGAUCUGAAGUCCGUUGAAUUCACAAAUUUGAAACCUACGGAUCCAGAGAGACCACUUGGUUCUUACUCAUGGAGAACAACAGGUUUUUAAAAUACUUUGCUCCAAAUUAAUCAUGUUCCUUAUUUUAUUUACUAUGACACUAUCAAAAAGUUAUUUCAAUUGGGCCAAAGUACAACUCAGAAUGUUUGGACGGGUUAGAGUAAAGUGUUUGUGUAUUUCAGAUAUGAAAAAUAUUGUCACUCUUGUAUUAAUUGGCCUAUUAUGAAGCAUAAUUAGGAAUUAUAAAAAACAAUAUUAUAGGAAAUAAACUCCAUUAAGUGCAGUGGGGCUUUGUUCCCACGGAUAGGACUGUAUCCUGAAACUUCACUCCUAAGCACACUUGUUUUAAACCUGAAAGUCAGAGGGCUCAACUCUUAAGUUCACAUCAGUUUUUUUUAUAACAUAGAUUGUAAUUUGAAGUAAUGGAUGAGGAGGGAUCAUUAUUUUGAAAUGGUGAUUAAACAUAUUGGAAAGUAUAAUUAGGUUAUAUUAGGUUAAACUAAAAAGAAGAACUGUAAAUGACAUUUGAAUAUCUACAGCAAUAUACCCCCAAUUCAAAGAUUACUAUAGGCAUGUGUAUGUCCACCCGCAAUGUACAAGGGCAAAGAGGUGAGGGUGAAGAACCCAUGCCAAUUGGCUUUGCGGGGCCUCAACAUCCCCAGUGCCAGUUUUCAUGCCUGGGAUGUGGAUCGCUGUAUAUUUGUCUUGUGCAGCCGUGGGAUCCAUUCAGAUCUCUAUGAACAAAAUAGAUACUUCUAGAUGUGGAAAGCUCCUACUCUGUGCUUAAAGCAAAAGCUGGGUUAUCCAUAUACUGAAAGAUGAAUGGCUAUAAACUCAAGAUCAGGAGGAAUCCCGAAGUGAUAAGAAUGACUGAAAGUUACAAAGGUGGCAGUGACAUCCAAAAAGCCUCUAAUGCAGUCUCUUGGCUAUUUAUAAUCGGGAAGACACCUUCUUUUAGCCAUUGGAAACGGCAAAUGUUUUUCAUAAGAUUUUUUUUUGAACAAAAUUACACUUUGUCCACAAAGUUAGCUUAACUGGACUUUACAAGUGUUCAUAACAUGGGAUGUAUAUCUAUCUAGCAACAGAACAGGCCAAUGUUUUACGAAAUACUAGGCAAUACCGUACUAUUGAAGCCUAUAAGAUUUCUGCCUAGCUGUUAAUCUAAUUCUACAAGUGUUAUUGGUUGAUACUGGUGACUGCUGUACAAUUGUUUUAUUUUAAAUUAUUUUGUUUCCUUUGGUUAUAAAAGUGUUAAGUUAUUUUGGAAUUCCAAGCACUGCAGACCUGCAUUAGAAGCACAGCCAUUCUGUUAUGUUUAUUUUUAAAAUAGCACUUCCCCUUCCCCACAAUUGUACAUCUUCUUUAUCUGAAAGGAGCAUAUAGCUUUCAGAAUUUUCCCUCCAUUAUUAAAUUGUUUGGGUUAAAUAUUCUGUGUGAUAUGUAUAAAAAAGAAAAGCAAUGAAUUGCAUUGAGCCUCAAGGCAGAAUGCAUCUAAAUAUGCAAUAUAAAAAAGCUUGCAUGAUAUAAUUUCAUGUACCCUUUCCCAUAACUACAACGAUGAAGCUAGAGAAUUCUUAUUUUAUGAGAUUAUUCUUUUCCCCUCCCUAAAUAUUGGAAAUGCAUGCCUGAUACAACGUCUAUUAAGAGAUGCACGGCUUAAUUGCAUUUUAAUCUCUCUCCUCCAGAGUUCUUCAAAAUUCUCGCUAUUAAAUCCGAAGGCGACAAUGUGAUAAAUUGACAAGAUACAAAGGAAAAAUGGUACAUUUGGUAAUUGGAGUUUAUUUUCUGUCCAACCCUAUAGAAAUUAGAGCCUUGUGUUUCAAUUUGUGUGUUGACAGGAAGGUACAUACGCCGUUCAUUUUUAUGCACUAAUAAAAAUUGCACUGAUUACUUUGAUAUUUUGCAACACAAAGAUUUGGUUUUGUUGAAACCUUAUUAAUUCUGUUUUGAAGAUUUGCCAAAAAUGUUUGGGAAUCAGUCUUGCCAACAAUGGUGCGGGAGGAGAGGAAGAGGAAAAAAUAAGAAUAAUCUAGCUUUUAACAAAAUAUUUAUUCAUGGGUAUGGCUUUGUGCACCAUAUCUUUGAAUAAACAAAACAACACCUCACUAGUUAUAGAUCUAGUGCUUCAAACCAUGUGGUUUGACUGUUAAAAGGUUGACUAAAUUGAUCCUUUGUAAAAAAAAAAAAAUUAAAAUCCUCAUGUUUUGUGAAUUUUGUAAUCUAUGAAUGUUCCCCUUUGCAUGAAUAUCUUUAUCUAAUCGACCACACGAAAGGACGUAUUGUGUUAUAUCCAAAUGGUUUUAAAUACUGGUGCAGUUUGCGUUAAAACACAAUUUGUAUACUAUACAUUUGCCUGCUGUUAAGGUUGGCUAUUCCUAAACUGAAUUGAAGUUCUGUUGUAAUGCCUUUUUGAGGUUGGAUGGAGUAUUUCUAGAUGGUGGAGAAUACAAAUAGAUGUGCUCAUUGACUUAAAAGAUUGAAUGAUAGAAACUUUUAUUGUGUUGCAACUCUAAUUUUAAGGCAAGAAUGUUUACUAAUUUUGGAUUCCAAAACCAUUUGAUCUGAACGCUCUGAAAAAUUGCCAUGUCAAGCCCUCUCCCAUCCUGGUCUUUAUACAUGUGGACAAUCUUAGGCGAAUUUCCUUGUGAGGGAAUCAUGUAUUGUUACAUGGACGAUCAUGCAGUUUGAAUGGUUGAGAAACGAAAACAGUCCAGAAUGGAAAACAAUGUCAUUAGAAACUAAUAAACUGGUUCUUACAUCAUUAUGUUUCAACUAAAAUUAUGGUGUAAUGCAUAACUAUCCCAGUAAAUAAACUGGUCAUCUUUUGUUCAUUGAA